AUGUUUAGCGCCAUCCCUGUAAUAUUACUCAAAAUCCAGAUUUUACUUCAAUACAAACCCCGACUAAAGGCCACUAAAGUUGGCUCUGUCAUCAUGGCGGCCACCGAUACGAAAAGACGAGCAUGUAUUUAUUCUUAUCCUCAAUCUAUCUUUCCCUUUCAUGAUAGUAAAACUUUUAUCGAUUGUGAGUCGAUUCUUGGCCGGGCCAUCAAAAAGAAGCUAUUUGCAAUCCAGAUUCUCAUCAAUCAACUACCUAGUGCAAAAAUGGUCACCACUGAAGGCGAGCAGAAACAGAAUGGGACAUUAUUCUGGGCAAUGCGUUCCGAUAAAAAUAUCUAUCUAUCUAUCUAUCUAUCUAUCUAUCUAUCUAUCUAUUUCAGUAAUGUUUCAGCGCAUAUCUAUCUAUCUAUCUAUCUAUCUAUUUCAGUAAUGUUUCAGCGCAUAUCUCUCUAUCUAUCUAUCUAUCUAUUUCAUAACGUCUCAGCGCAUAUCUAUCUAUCUAUCUAUCUAUCUAUCUAUUUCAUAAUGUCUCAGCGCAUAUCUAUCUAUCUAUCUAUCUAUCUAUCUAAAGCAUAUCUAUCUAUCUAUCUAUCUAUCUAUCUAUCUCAGCUAUGUUUCAGCGCAUAUCUAUCUAUCUAUCUAUCUAUCUAUCUAUCUAUCUAUCUAUCUAUCUCAGCUAUGUUUCAGCGCAUAUCUAUCUCUAUAUAUGUGUGUAUUUCGGUAAUGUUUCAGCGCAUAUCCAUCUAUCUAUCUAUCUAUCUAUCUAUCUAUCUAUCUAUCUAUUUAAAUGUUAAUCUUUCGCUUUUCUCACACAACUACGCGUUGUUCAAUUUGCCUGAAAUCAAACCAAACGACACUACCGACGAACGAAUGUUAGUUGUACGGAUGUUUUGCAACCAACCCGCGGCAGUUACACAACUUUAUUUAACUGAAUACAUUAACGCAGUGUCAAUGCACAUCUAUGGCUACUAUUCAUAUGUAUCUAUCUAUCUAAUGUAUCUAUCUCUAACAAUUCAUAUCUAUCUAUCUAUCUAUCUAUCUAUCUAUAACAAUUCAUAUCUAUCUAUCUAUCUAUCUAUCUAUAACAAUUCAUAUCUAUCUAUCUAUCUAUCUAUCUAUAACAAUUCAUAUCUAUCUAUCUAUCUAUCUAUCUAUCAAAUCUAUCUAUCUCUAACAAUUCAUAUCUAUCUAUCUAUCUAA